AUGGAGCGGGAACUCGAACUGAGAUGUGAGAAAAUUGUCCAGCAUACGAUGUCAAAUUAUCCGGGCUUUGAGGUGUUUUCGGAGGGUGCUCACGAUUCUGAGCUUCUCAAGAGGGUCAUUCGGUCGCAUCUAAGCAAAGGUCUAGAAAGUUUGACCGUACCUAUAUCAGACGAAACCACUUUUGCCAUCUCUCAAACAUUCACGGAUAGAAAAGAUUGGCAUGCUAUACCUUUGAAACAUAUGGUUAUGGAAAUCGUGGUCCGUAUCUCGUCGCGCAUUUUCACGGGCCCAGAGCUCUGUCGUGAUCCUGAGUGGCUGCAGAUUUCUAUUCAGUAUACUAUCAGUGCCAUGCGAGCUGUGCAUGAAUUACGCCGUUAUCAUCCUUUGGCUCGCCCUAUCAUGCAUUGGUAUCUCUCGUCUUGUGGAGUGCUGCGGCGGAUGAUUGAAAAGACUCGCAUGAUUAUGAACCGUGUCAUCGAAAACCGACAGCUAGAACAAUACAGAAAAGGAAGAAUAGAUCACAAUGAUGCUCUCGAGUGGUUUGAACAGAACGCGAAAGGUCAAGCUUAUGAUCCAGCGAUUACCCAGCUUGUUCUAAUGUUUGUCUCGGCCCACACGACCACAGAUCUGUUAACGCAGGUCAUUUUGGAUCUAGCCAGGAACCAGGAAUGGAUCGAACCCUUACGUGCAGAGGUCCAGGCCGAGCUUGCAAAAAACGGCCGGGGAGGUUUCUCACCACAUAAUCUCAAGCUCCUCGACAGCGUGAUCAAGGAAACCCAAAGACUCAAGCCCAUCGGUAUCACCAGCAUGAGGCGCAUUGCAACAGAGACUGUACAGCUGUCAGAUGGUACCAGCAUUGCCAAAGGGACAUCUUUGAUGGUCCUAGCAGAUCGGCACUGGGAUCACUUCCUUUACAACGAUGCGAAUCGAUUUCAGGGCGACAGAUUCCUUCGCAAGCGAGCCGAAAGAGGGAAUGAUGCUGCGGCGAGCCUGGUCGGUAUCAGCCCUGACCAUCUCGGCUUUGGAUACGGGCUUCAUGCCUGUCCAGGUCGGUUCUUUGCUGCACUCGAGGUCAAGAUCGUCAUGUGUCAUAUCCUACUAAAGUAUAACUGGAAGCUUCCGGUAGGGGAGGAUCCACAGCCACAGAAGUUAGGGGUCUUCCUAGAUUCUGAUCCAGUGGCCGUUGUAAACAUCCAGAGACGUGAUGAGGAAGUGAAGCUAUAG